GGGAGCGAUUCCUCUCGUCGUGUGCAUUGCAACUACAGAGGAGCUGUGGAGGAAACCCCCCCAUCGGAUCUGGCCAUUAUAUCCAUACAUUUCUUUUCCACAUCUCCACCGCGCCGCGGCUGAGUGGGGAUCGCACCAAUCAGCGAGCCUAGGAUGGUCAAGCACCCAGGAGAGGAUUAGCAGGCUAACCGAGCACUAUUUGCGUAAAAGUCAGCUGUCAGAUAUUUUUUUCGGACGGGUUAGUCGUUUGGCAGCUUAGCCCCAACUCGUUUAGAUGUUAUGUUUUAUUUGCUGUAGUAAAAUCGUAUGUUUUUUCUUCUUCUUCUACCCAUCAUCCGUUUUAUUUCAAGCGCGCAAAGUCACAUCUGCGUAGGAGAGCACUUGGCGCACUUCUUCCCCAAAGGACAGAGACAAAAAUCUCCAUUCUUCUGUUUGGAUUUAAACCGGACGAUCGGCUGAAUGGGUGACCUCGCCGAGACACAGACUAUCACGAGCUUGCACCCACUAUAUGGAAACCUGUUUUCUCCAUUGACCUGGAGUUGUGAUGUCCAAAGCCUUCCUCACUGACUGACAAACGGCGUCGUACCAUUUUUGGAAUCGAGUUGAAGGCUGUGAGGACGGGGGGAAGAUGAGACCUCCCAGCCCUCUGAUGAUCCUGCUGUACAUCACCCUGUCCAAGAGUGUAAAGGUGGUCUCUAAGAGAGGCUCAGUGGAUGGCUGUACAGACUGGUCAGUGGACUACCUGAAGUACCGGGUCCUUCAGGGUGAGCCGGUACGGAUAAAAUGUGCACUGUUUUAUGGUUACAUCCGAGCCAACUACAGCCAGGCACAGAGUGUGGGCCUUAGCCUCAUGUGGUACCGCAGCUCUGGCCUUGGCCACAGUGACUUUGAGGAGCCCAUCUCUUUUGAUGGUGUGCGCAUGAGCAAAGAGGAGGACGCAAUUUGGUUCAGACCUGCUGACCUUCAGGAUGUGGGCCUUUACUCUUGUGUCUUACGAAACUCUACAUACUGCAUGAAGGUUUCCAUGUCUCUGACUGUGGCGGAAAAUGACACAAACCUGUGCUACAACUCUAAAAUGAGACGAAUGGAGAAGGCUGAGCUCAGCAAGAGUAAAGACAUCCUCUGCCCUGACAUAGAUGACUAUGUUGAACCUGGCAAAGAGCCAGACAUCACCUGGUCCAAGGAGUGCCGUCCAAAGCAGUGGCGUGCAAGCAUCAUCCAGAAGAGAGACAUUCUGUCUAUCCAAGAGGUAACAGAAGACGACAUUGGGAAUUACACCUGCGAAGUCCAGUUUGGUGGUUUUGUGGUCAGAAGGACGACUGAACUCACAGUAACUGCUCCUUUGACGGACAAGCCACCAAAGAUCCUGUUCCCCUCGGAAAACAAGAUUAGCAAUAUGGAGCUUCAGCUCGGAAGCGCCCUGAACCUUACCUGCCGGGCAUUUUUUGGCUACAGCGGCGAUGUCAGCCCCCUCAUCUACUGGAUGAAGGGGGAGAAAUUCAUAGAGGACCUGGAUGAAGAGAGAGUCCAGGAGAGCGACAUCAAGGUCAUCAAGGAGCAUCUUGGAGAACAGGAAGUAGCCAUUUCACUAACUAUUGACUCUUUAGAGGAGGAAGACCUGGGAAAUUAUUCCUGUUAUGUGGAAAAUGGCAACGGCCGUCGCCAAGCUACCAUCCAGCUUUUCAGGCGGGCAGAGCUCAUGUACACUGUGGAGCUGGCAGGAGGGCUGGGAGCAAUCCUGCUGCUACUCAUCUUUCUCAUCUCACUCUACAAAUGCUACAAGAUUGAGCUGAUGCUUUUCUACAGGAGGCACUUUGGCAGUGAAGAUGUAGACGGAGAAAAUAAAGACUAUGAUGCAUAUUUGUCUUACACCAAAGUGGACCCUGACCAGUGGAGUCAGGAGACCCGGGAAGAGGAGCGCUUUGCCUUGGAGAUCCUCCCUGAUGUUCUGGAGAAACAUUAUGGCUACAAACUCUUCAUCCCAGAUCGAGACCUCAUCCCAUCAGGAAGUCUCACCAAUGAGCAUUACCAGGAUGACACGCGGCUCUUUAGAGCCUACAUAGAGGACGUGGCCCGCUGUGUAGACCAGAGCAAACGCCUCAUCAUAGUUAUGACACCCAACUACGUAGUGCGGCGAGGCUGGAGCAUCUUUGAGCUGGAGACGCGACUGCGCAACAUGCUGGUGACGGGUGAGAUCAAAGUCAUCCUGAUCGAAUGUGCCGAGUUGCGCGGAAUCAUGAACUACCAGGAAGUGGAGGCACUUAAACACACCAUUAAGACCCUUACUGUCAUCAAAUGGCGUGGAACCAAGAGCAACAAGCUCAACUCCAAGUUCUGGAAGCAGCUGCAGUAUGAGAUGCCCUUCAGACGCACGGAGCCCAUGCUCACGCAUGAGGCGGCACUAGACGUCAGCGAGCAGGGCCCAUUUGGAGAGCUGCAGACUGUUUCUGCCAUGUCCAUGGCGGCGGCCACUUCCACGGCCAUGGCCACCGCCCACCCAGAGCUGCGCUCCUCGUUCCACAGCACCUACCACACCACCAUGAGGCAGAAACACUACUACCGCAGUUACGAGUACGACAUGCCCCCAGGAGGGACCUUGCCACCUCUCUCAUCUCUGGGAAACCAGCACACCUACUGCAACAUCCCACUGACACUGCUGAACGGACAGAGGCCACCCGGGAAGAGCCGAGAGCACAGCCUGGAGGAGGGGCACGCCAACAACGCCAUGCUCCCUCUGCUGCCCAGGGAAACCAGCAUCUCCAGCGUCAUCUGGUAAUGGCAAGCAGACUCGGCGCCAGCUUUAGGAAGAUCAGUCAGCGUCAGACAUGACGAGGUUACAGUCUGGCAGUUCUUAGGAACGCAGUUCGAGGUUGUGAUUACGGCAAAAAAGCAUUUGGAUUCGUAUGGCUCCGGCAGCUAGUCAUGGAGGUACAGCAGGUUCCUGGACGUGGUUUGUCUCGUUUUUCAGUCGGACUGCACCUCUUUUCCAGAGGAUGUUUUCUAUGUGGAACUACAGGGGAUAAUGCGAACACACUGUUUCAUUAACUAGCGAGAAAUGGACUCACAAGGACUCCAUGGUGAAGAACCAACACACUAUGGCAAUUAUUCACAGGAACGAAUACACACACACACAUACACACAUACAAGAAAUUGCAUCCAUACAAGCAAAAGGAAAACAGGGUCUGUACAUAUAUUUCAAUUUAUUUGUAGCAUCAGUGUUUUCCUGUUUUGUUCUUUUGUUUAUUUUAUUCAAUCAUGUUUGUUGCCUUCUCUAAUGUAGGACUUUUGCUUUAACUUGUCAUAAAGAGUUGUAUAUUUUUAAUCAUUUUCUCUUUUUUGUCUCUUUUUCUUUUCUUUUUUUAUUUCUGAUUUUUAACACGCUCGAUAGGAAAGCCAAUAUGACAUGUGCGUGCGCUGUUGUGUUCCUUUGUUUGUUUGUUUAAAAAUCUUUGUGUAGUUUAAAGAGAACUUCUUUUUUUUUUUCAAACUUCGGGAAACGCCUGGACAUUUCAGGAGCUUUGAGGAGCUAAAACUUGUUUUCGUUUACCUGUAAAAGGUGUAUCUAGUUUAAAAGGAAACUCUCUCUUUUUAAAAAAAAUUAUAGAAUAUGCAAAAAGAAGGAGAAGCUGGCAAAAAUAUAUCGUCUCGUGGGACUGAAAAGGAGGAGUGGUUGGGGAGCAGCGCUCGUCCUCUCCAAGCAGAUAGACUGGCAGAUCUCUCUCUACAGCUUCAUAUUUUCUAUUGAGACAAACAGCCUUGCUGUUUUAGAGUGAUAGUGAAAUGCCUCACCUUAAAAAGAAAUCUGUAGAUUAUUUUAAAAAGAAUUCUAUUUUUAUAACUGAAAAGAGUUUGCUUGAGAUGUCAUACUUAUUUGCAUUUCAUCUUCCAUAGAAAGAGGAUUUGUGUAUAAGUGUUUUGCUGGUUUUGUGCCCUUCGGUGUGGCCCCUGGUUUGUUAAAGAGAUUAAGGUGGCUUUUGAAUCCCACAUGACAAAAAAAUGUCCUCUGCUCUUCUAGAUUCCAAGGUAAAGCAUUUUCAAUGUUUUGGUUUUUAAAAAAAAUAAUACCAGUAUUAUUCCCAUCCUGAUAAUUCAUUUGGUUCAUAUGGAUAGUUCAUGUUUAAGGAAAGAAAAGAAUUCCUUUUGUGUUUUGAAAGACUUUUUACAUAUAUUUGAAGGUGUGAUUUUUGAGUAUGCAUAGCAAAUAGAUAUGUAUUCUAUAUAUAAUAUAGAUAUUUAUAUAAAUAUAUAAACACAAUUUUCACUUGGAAAGAAAUGUCUAUCUUUAUAGAAACACAAUCAUGAUCAGUUGCCCUUACUUUCU